GACAUCUAUGGAUCUCCCCCCGGACAAAAUGAAACUUCUGCGCAACUAUGACCUGGAAAAAAAGUGGGAGAUCAUCUGCGACCAGGACAUGGUGCAGGCUAAGGACUCCCCCACUCACUACCUCAACAAAUUGCGCACAUACCUUGACCCUAAAGCUUCCAGGAGUCACAGGAAAAGGAAAAUGGUCGGCGAUUCAACAUCGACCCAAGUUCUUAGGGAUUUGGAGAUAUCUUUGCGGACCAAUCACAUAGAAUGGGUUCGAGAAUUCCUGAACGAACAGAACCAGGGCCUGGACGUGCUCAUCGACUACCUGAGCUUUAGGCUGAGCAUGAUGCGGCAUGAGCAACGGAUAGCCCUCGCCAGGAGUCAGUCCAGCGAUGGAAUCAACCAAACCAACACGACAUCAUCCGAUUGCGCGAGCGCCGUCGACGCGGGCUCCACUUUGAACGCGUCGUGGCGUCGCCGCGCGCGCAGCACCGACGCGGAACUAGAGGGCGCCGGCAGCCCCGCGGUCGCGCGUCGACGUACUCGCCACGCGGCGCGCCUCAACAUGGGCGCCUCUACUGACGACAUACACGUGUGCAUCAUGUGCAUGCGUGCCAUCAUGAACAAUAAGUACGGCUUCAACAUGGUGAUCCAGCACCGCGAAGCCAUCAACAGCAUCGCGCUCUCUCUAGUCCACCACUCGCUCCGCACGAAAGCUUUAGUACUGGAACUGUUAGCUGCCAUCUGUUUAGUCAAAGGCGGCCACCAGAUCAUCCUGUCGGCCUUCGACAACUUCAAGGAGGUAGUCGGCGAGCCCAGAAGAUUCCAUACCCUGAUGGAGUACUUCAUGAACUACGACCAGUUCCACAUAGAGUUUAUGGUGGCAUGCAUGCAGUUCGUGAACAUCAUAGUACAUUCUGUUGAGGACAUGAACUUCCGGGUGCACCUUCAAUACGAAUUCACGGCGCUCAAACUGGACGACUAUCUUGAACGGUUGCGGCACUGUGAGAGCGAAGACCUACAGGUUCAAAUCUCGGCGUAUCUAGACAAUGUGUUCGACGUGGCUGCGCUCAUGGAGGACAGCGAAACGAAGACGGCCGCGCUAGAGAAGGUCAACGAACUGGAGGAUGAGUUGGGACAUGCACAUGAAAGGCUAGCAGCGCUAGAAAGGGAAGCUAUAGCAAAACUCGGGACGCUUGAAGCGGAGUUAGCACAAGCGCGAGCCGAACGAGACCAACUCGCUGAAGCGAGACGGCAAGUCGUCGAAGAGGUGUCCACGUUAAGGCGAGCGCAGCAGGACUCAAGAAAUAGACAAUCAAUGCUCGAAUCGAAAGUUCAGGAGUUAGAAUCUCUCACUAAGUCACUACCAAGAGGGGCGUCGAUGGGUGCGAUAUCCUCGCACGCGCUAUGCAACGGCACGAGCAACGGUCACGCGAGCCCCUCCGGCGAGCGGUUGCUUAGCAACGGUCACGCGUCGCCCCCCGCGCCGCCCCCACCCCCGCCCCCCGCCGGCCCGCCCGCGCCCCCCGCGCCGCCCCCACCCGCGCCGGCGCUGGCGCCCCCACCGCCACCGCCCCCGCCGCUACUCACUGGUGGUAUGGCUCCCCCUCCCCCUGCACCGCCUGCGCCCGGACUAAUGCCGCCUCCCAUGCAGCACGACGCCAUGACCAUCAAGCGGAAGGUCGAUACCAAGUACAAACUGCCUACGCUCAACUGGAUCGCGCUCAAGCCCAAUCAGGUCCGCGGUACGAUAUUCAACGAGCUGGACGAAGAACGCCCCAGGCGGCGGAUUAACUUCAGCGAGUUCGAAGAAAGAUUCCGAAUAGGUGGCGUCUGCGCAACCGCCGAUAGCUGCGACUCAGAUACGCUCGCAUCUUUUCCUAGCAAGAGGUUCCGUCGCCCCGAUACCGUCAGCCUGCUUGAACACACUCGAUUGCGUAAUAUCGCGAUAUCGAGGAGAAAACUAGACACGCCCGUAGAGAAAGUGAUCGCUGCCAUCAACAACUUGGACCUCAAACAGUUACCGUUAGAAAGCGUGGAGAUACUCCAGCGGAUGGUGCCCACUGAGACUGAACAGAAGGCCUACAAGGAAUACGUAGCCGAGAAGAAGAAUAUUAGCCAGCUUACAGAGGAGGACAAAUUCUUAAUGCAACUCGCUAAGGUUGAGAGGAUAUCAGCGAAGCUGUCCAUUAUGAGCUACAUGGGCAACUUCUUCGACAACAUUCACCUGAUAACGCCUCAGAUCCACGCCAUCAUAUCUGGUUCAUCGUCGGUUAAGUCUUCGCAGAAGUUGAGGAAUGUUCUGGAGAUUAUUUUAGCGUUCGGUAACUACCUGAACAGCAGUAAGCGCGGUCCCGCGUACGGUUUCAAGCUCCAAUCGUUGGACACUCUCAUGGAUACAAAGUCAACGGACAAGCGGAUAUCAUUGCUACACUACAUUGUAGCCACCAUCAGGCAGAACUUCCCCGAGCUCAUGAACUUCGACACAGAGUUGCUAUACAUCGAUAAAGCUGCUCAAGUGUCGCUAGAGAACGUGGUAGCCGACGUAUGCGAGCUGGAGCGCGGCAUGGAAGCGGUGCGGCGCGAGUGUGAAGCGAGGGACUCGCACCGGGCCUCCCAUCCGCACGUGCUGAGGGACUUCCUCAACAACGCCGCCGACAAGCUGCGCCGGCUGCGGACCGAGACCAAGCACGCGCAGGACUCGUUCGCAUCUUGCGUGGAGUACUUCGGCGAGGCGCCGCGCGGAUGCGACGCUAACGCUUUCUUCUCGCUGCUCGUGAGAUUCGCGAGAGCGUUCAAGCAAGCGGACGCAGAGAACGAGCAACGCCGCCGACUCGAGCAGGCCGCGCAGCAAGCCGACACCGUCGACCCGAACAAAGCCAAGCUCAUGCAGAAGAAACAACAGGAGGCUGUAAUCAACGAGUUAAAAACGAAGUCGCAGGCCGUCGGCGAAAAGAAACUGCUGCACCAAGACGAGGUAUACAACGGUGCGCUUGAAGACAUCCUACACGGGCUACGGAGCGAGCCGUACCGGCGGGCGGACGCCGUACGCAGGUCGCACCGGCGCCGGAUCAACUCGCACCGCCUCUCCAAAGGUCUGGACGAACUGGACGUAUGA